AUGGCAAUGAUAACGGGACAUUUCGGGCCAUUCGAUGAUUCAGUUGAGCAAUGGGGCGAUUAUACAGAGCGAUUUGAGUUUUUUGUCAAAGCCAACGCCAUUGACGAUGACUUGAAAGUGCCGACAUUUCUUAGCGUUAUCGGGGCAAAGACAUUUAGUCUACUGAGAAGUUUGGUACGGCCAGGAAAACCCGGUGACAAGUCAUUUGAUGAUAUUGCAAAGAUUCUGGACUCACAUUUUUCGCCUAAGCCGUUAUUAAUAGCUGAAAGAUUUAGAUUUCACAAACGGAACCAGGAAGAAGGCAAGUCUGUUGCUCAAUAUGUAGCGGUACUCAAGAAACUUACAGAAUAUUGUGAAUUUGGUGCUAAUUUGGAUGACGCCUUACGGGACAGGCUAGUGUGCGGAUUGAGAAGUGAGGGCCUUCAGAAGCGGUUACUCACUGACGCCAACCUCAUAUUGCAGAAAGCGAUUGAGAUAGCCGUGUCUAUGGAGCUGGCUUCUAAAGAAGCACAGCAGUUAGGGGCAGCUGCUAGAAAAGAAAAUAAAACUGACAGUGAGACUGAUUCUGAGGCUGAGCUACUAAUUAAAACACUGAAUAAAAAAAGAGGCUCAGCAGCAUAUACUAUUACUGCCAUGCUGGAAGGGCACCCUGUGAAGAUGGAGGUGGAUACUGGAGCAGCGGUCUCCCUAAUAUCAGAGAAACUGUUUAAGAAAAAAUUAAAUCACCUUCCACUGAAACACCCUAAGAUCAUAAUAAAGACAUACACUGGGGAGAGUGUGCCUAUGUUGGGUAAAACAAAGGUUCAGGUUGAACUAAAUGGGCAAAGAACCAAAUUGCCUGUAUAUAUUGUAAAAGGUGAUUAUCCAGCUCUGAUGGGCAGAUCGUGGCUAGAAAAAGUACAGUUGGAUUGGACCAAAGUGAAUGCUGUGUCUGUUGAACAGUCCGAGUUGAAUUUGGUCCUGAGAAAGCACCAAGCUGUAUUCCAAGAGGAACUGGGGAGUAUAACAGGGAUUAAAGUGACACUCCGGGUGCAACAAAAUUGUCAGCCAAGAUUUUUAAAGGCAAGGAGUGUUCCUUACGCUUUAAGACCUAAGGUGGAGGUGGACAUUGACCGGCUUGUCAAACUAGGAGUCCUAGACCCUGUUUCUCAUUCUGAGUGGGCCACACCUGUGGUUCCGGUGGUCAAGUCUGAUGGAUCUGUACGAUUAUGUGGGGACUUUAAGGUAACAGUUAACCCUGUUCUCAUAGCUGAGCAAUACCCCCUUCCUGUGAUUGAAGAUAUUUUUGCUGGAUUAGCUGGGGGAAACAAAUUUAGUAAAAUAGACCUCAGCCAAGCAUACUUGCAAAUGCAUGUAGAUGAGGACUCACAAAAGUACCUCACCAUAACAACACAUAAAGGGCUGUACCGUUAUUGUCGUUUACCCUUUGGAAUUACUUCAGCACCAGCGUUAUUUCAGCGUGCCAUGGAUCAGAUCCUUAGUGGAUUACCAGGGGUACAGUGUUACCUGGAUGACAUCCUGGUCACAGGGCGAGAUGACAAGGAGCACAUGGCCAAUCUGGAUAAAACCUUAAGCAGGCUAAAAAAGUAUGGGCUGCGUGUAAACAAGGAGAAAUGUGACUUUUUCAAAAUGUCUGUGGAGUACCUAGGACAUGUUAUUGAUUCUGACGGGUUGCACACAGCUCCUUCAAAAGUGAAGGCAAUAGUAGAUGCCCCUGCUCCAAGCAAUGUCAGCCAACUGAGAUCAUUCUUGGGUCUCGUGAACUAUUAUGGGCGUUUCAUUCCACAGCUAGCAACGUUGUUGAAACCACUCCAUGAGUUGCUGUGUGAGAGUAGACCCUGGAAAUGGUCACAGGAGUGUGAAACGACAUUUAGCAAAACCAAGGCUGCGCUGGCUGAUAAAAGAGUUUUAACACAUUUUGACCCAUCCUUACCAAUUCAGUUAGCUUGCGAUGCAUCCCCUUACGGUGUUGGGGCUGUGGUGUCGCAUAUUAUGUCAACAGGUGAGGAGCGACCAAUUGCAUUUGCGUCAAGAACAUUGAGUAAAACUGAAACAAAAUAUCCUCAAAUUGAAAAAGAGGCUUUAAGCAUCAUUUUUGGAAUAAAGAAAUUCCACACUUACCUCUUUGGUCGAAAAUUUACCCUGCUAACAGACCACAGACCUCUCACGUCUAUUUUUGGCUCACACACUGGUGUACCAUCUAUGGCAGCAAGCAGACUGCAGUGCUGGGCAUUGCUUCUUGGGGCUCACAAUUAUGAGAUCAAAUACAGGCGUUCGGAGGCACAUGGAAAUGCAGAUGGUUUGUCAAGACUUCCCCUACCUGACCAACCCAGUGAACAAGGGCAAAAGAUUUUUUACUUUAAGAUGGUGGAAAAUGCACCUAUCACUGCCCACCAGAUUAAGCAAGAAACCAAGGGUGAUUAUACACUGUCAAAACUACUCACCUGCAUUCUUAAAGGUCAGGACCUUAGCACCCUUAAUGCACUGCCUGAUGUUCAGCCUUACCUUUCACGGGGAAAGGAGCUAUCUGUGACAGCAGGAUGCCUCAUGUGGGGCAUGCGAGUAAUUAUACCACAAAGGUUGAGGAAACCCAUUCUGGAUGAGUUACAUCUUGGACACUGUGGUAUAGUCCGAAUGAAAGAGCUAGCCCGGAGUUAUUUUUGGUGGCCUGGACUGGAUCGUGAGGAAAAGGCAAAUUCAUGUUCAUCAUGUCAAGGCCUCAGAAAUAUGCCAAGUCCAGCACCAUUGCAUCCAUGGGAAUGGCCUGCCAGUCCUUGGCAACGCGUUCAUUUAGAUUUUGCAGGACCUGUAGAGGGUGUUAUGGUUCUGGUCGCAGUGGAUGCACAUUCUAAGUGGCCUGAGAUCACUGUCAUGCCCGACAUCACAUCAGAAAAGACAAUCCAAACCUUAAGAGAGAUGUUUGCACGUUUUGGACUGCCAGAGCAGAUCGUGACGGAUAAUGGGCAUUCUUUUGUAUCCCAAGAAAUGGAAGAAUUCCUAAAAGGUAAUGGUAUUAAACAUCUCCUAUCCAGCCCUUAUCAUCCUUCAACUAAUGGCCUGGCUGAAAGAAUGGUGCAAACCCUUAAACAUGCUCUUAAAGCAUCCAAAAGUGAAGCACCAUUCAAACAACGUCUUUAUACCUUUCUUCUUAAAUAUCGUAACACACCCCAUGCAACAACAGGGGAACAGCUGAUCUGUUCCUAA